CUUGCCAGAGGACAUGCAUUUGAUGAGGGGUUUACUAGUCGUUGCCUGCCUGGCAGCCGUAGCGCUGCAGGCUAGCGCCAAGCCGCAGCAGGAGAGGCGCGGCGAGCACUAUCAGCUGUACCGGCGCCAGCGCCACGAUUACGAUCUGCCCGCCGAGGGUCGCCUCAAUCCCACCAAGCUGGCGGCUGUGCUGAGCGCGGCGCUCGGCCAAUCCAACAAUGGAAGCAACGGCAACGGCAACGGAUCCGAGCUGCCCACAAGCACCACCACCACCAUAUCGACUUCUCCAACCACCACUACGGGCUCCUCGACGACCACCACGACUCCGACGCUCGAACUAAUCAUCAUGAGAUUCGUGGCACUUGCACUUCUGCUGCUGUCUGCAGCAGUUUUGGCCAGCGCAGCAGUUGGACUGCGCGAGGAUGAUGAAGAGGUGGUGGGCCAGCGCUACCGGCUGUAUAAGCGCAACGCCGACCGCAACGUUGAGGCUCGCUCACUCGCCCAGCUGUUGGCCUGGAAGGGCGGCAGUAGCGGUGGCGGUAGCGGUACCGGCGGCUGCGCCCCAGAUACCUUGACGACAACAGAGAUCAUUCCAUCACCCUCAACGAUAACGGGCUCUUCGACCGAGACAACCAGCCCAAUAACCUCUUCGGCCCGUGGCAGCAGCCGUCCCGGCCAGGCCCUGACCCUCCAGGAGUACGAGAUGCGCCGCCAGGCCGAGGAGAACAAGGAGCUGCGCAAACGCAUCGAGGUCCUUCGUCGCCAGAACAUGAAGAAUAUCCGCCGUGCUCAGCGCGCCCGCCGGCAGCAGCGUCGCCGCAACAAGAACCAGCGUCGUCGCUCCAGCAUCAGGAACCGCAAUAUUCGCCGCCGCCUCCAAAAUCGCCACCGCAACGCCCGUCGUCGCCUGAGGAGGAACCGUCGUCGCAAUUAG